GCCUGUGAGUCUUCAUCUCUGUGACCUGCACUGUGUCCUGCCUGUGUUCCCAAGGAAUCUCAGCAUGGAUCCUACUGAGAACAGCCAGACCUUCAACGUCCCUGACAACACUCAGUCCCAAAGGCCUGCAAGGGGCCUGGAGGCUGCCCAGGUCCCCGUAGCUGAGGUGGGGGAUGCUGAGGCCACUGUCCCCACCUCAGGGGAAGUGUCUGUUGGAGAAAUGCCCAGUUCUCCCCAGAGUGCUGAGGCAGCCUCUUCUCCUCCUGCUGCCCUGGGCUCCAAUGCAGGGGGGGCAUCUACAGAGGCCUCUAGAAACCAAGCUAGUGAAGUGGCCCUUCCUGAGCCCUCCUUGCAGCAGGAACUCAAUAGAAAGAUAGUUGAUUUGGUUUUCUUCCUGCUCCUCAAGUACAGGAGGGGGCAGGUGACAAGUAGGGCAGAAAUUUUGCAUGCGGUCAUCAGAGAAUAUGAGGCAUACUAUUCUGCGAUCUUUAGUAAGGCCAUUGACUGCAUGAGACUGAUGUUUGGGCUUGACAUAAUAGAAAGGAAUCCCCUUGUCCACUCCUACUCUCUUGUCCAUGCUCUAGGGAUCACCUAUGAUGGGCUGCAGCAUGGUUUCCCAGGCAUACCAAAGACAGGCCUCUUGAUAAUCAUGCUGUGUAUCAUCUUCAUAGAGGACAAUUGUGUCAGCGAGGAGGCCUUGUGGCGCAUAUUGAAUGGUUUGGGGCUGUAUGCUGGGAGGGAUCAUUUCAUAUACGGGGAGCCCA